AUGACAGACCCCCAUGCUGACUACAUUGACAGUACACGACGCAACCAGCUCGAGUCACCACUCCUAAAGCUGCCAGGAGAAGUUCGAAAUAAGAUCUACAACUACGUCUUCUCCGUCGGCAGUGUCUACUUCGGUCGCUCACAUCACCACUAUCGCACGAGCGAGACAGACUACCAACCGGAAGGAUGCGAGCCCACCGAUCUACUAGACGUCACAUCGACGUGCCGACAAAUCCGUUCAGACACCUCUACGCUACUGUUCAAAAACAACGUAAUCAUCAUAGACGACCAAAAGAUCUUCAAGAUAGUUGAGCAGCUCGAGCCACACCAGCUCGAAGCCAUCAAAGCUCUAGAGAUAAUCUUCUACGACAUAAAGGGCUGUAUGCCGAACUUGACUACUUUGAGCAGGAUGUUCGCCAGGGAGUUCAAAAACAUGCUGGGACUCGAGAGGGUAAGCGUUAGGUUGAUCUGUUGGCUCCAGGAUGAUGAUGUACUCGAGCGCGAGUGCGAGGCAUUUUGCGAGGCGCUUAGGAAAAAUACUCGGCGUAAGCCAAUUGAAGUCACAAAUGCGUUGAAGCAUGAAGACGACGAUGAGGGGGAAACGGACGUGGAUGAAGAAGAGACAACGUCCGACGAAGAGACAACGCCCGACGAAGAAGCUGAGCCUGAGGACGAGGGACUGGUGGCGAUGACGACGAGUCUACAUCUAUGA